GCAAACUGGAAUUUUGUGGAAACUGAGUCUCUCCCUUUUCUUUUUCUCUUCUUUUGGCUCUGGAAUUUGAAAAACGAAAAAAAGAAAAAGGAUGAGUACUGAAGCAGCUAAUAGAAGCACCACCGGAGCUCUGACGGAGAAACAACAGAAAACCGAUGAAUUGAAGCCUUUUUCUGCGCUUACUGCAGAACCCAAGAAAGUUAUCAUCAAAAGCACCGACAUGAAAGAUGACAUGCAAAAAGAGGCCGUCAAUAUAGCCAUUUUCGUGGAUAAGAUAUAUCUUAGUGCACCAACAAAAAUUGCCAUCUUGGACCACGAAAGGAAGCGAACAUUUGAGUUUUUGAGUUGCGAAAGGAUGGACUUCCCGAUGCUGGGUAACCGACACUUCAAAAAGGGAAAAUUUGAACUUGCCAAGGCAAAAUAUGAAAAGGUGCUUCGGGAGUUCAAUCAUGCUUUGCUGGGCCGCCACACCACUGGCAGAACUUGAUCUUACGGACUCUUCCUGCUGGUUACCUGGAAAUUGGGGAGUCUGCCGCUGAAGGGGCAAUAAGGGAAACAUGGGAAGAGACAGG